AUGUCUCGCUGCUGGCCGUAUCCCCCGCCGGGGUUCCAGAAGAAGCCUCGGGAUCCGUCUCUAAGCGUUCCUAAGGAGACGAGAUCGGAGGGGAAAGAUAAAGAUCGAGACAAGGAUAAGAAAAAGAAGAAGAAGAAGCGGCAUAGGGAAGGGGGCGAGGGGGAAGACAAGGAGGAGCGGAAGCGGCGCAAGGAGGAGAAGAAGCGUUCUAAGGAGUCAAAAGAGCCCAAGGAAACUAGAGAACCCAGGGAUUCUAAGGAAUCAAAGGGAAAGGAGCCUAAGGAGAAGGAGUCUAAGGAGCACCGGAAGCAGUCGUCUGAAGACUCGGCGCGCAAGGAGAAGGAUGGGAACACGGAGAGGGGGGCGGGCGGGGAGAAGGGGAAGGGCGGGGACACGGAUAAGGGGAAGGGCGGGGAGAAAGAGAAGGGUGAGAAAGGGGAGGGUUUGCGUUUGGAGACGUCUCGGAAAGAGGAGAAGAGCAAGGGAGAGAAGGGUGAGGGUUUGGGUCUUGAGACGUCUCAAGAGGAGGAGAAGGGCAAAGGCAGGGGGGAUGACGGUCAGGGUUCGGGGAAAGAUAAGGGUGAGGGCGAAAAGCAGAAGAGUGAAUUGCGGAAAGAUGUGGGGAAGGAGGAGGAGCAACGGGAAAAGGCGAGUGGAGAGGGGAAGGAAGGGAAGGAAGGGAAGGAGGGGAAGGAGGAGAAGGGAAAGGAAGAGAAGAGGAAGGAGGAGAGGAAAGAGGGGAAUAAGGAGGAGAGAAGGAAAGAUGAGAAGAAGAAGGAGGAUAAGCAUAAGGAUGAGAAGAGGAAGGAGGAGCGACACAAAGAGAAGGAGAAGCGGAGGGAGGAGAAGCGGCGAGACGAGAAGCACAGAGACAAGCAUAAAGACAAGAAGCAGGACCGCAAGGCAGUGCCUCAAGGCAUGCCCAACGGGGAGAACGGCAUUCCCCGCGCUCCUGCCCCCCCGGAUACACGUGGCGUUAACGCAUUGGACACACGUGGCACUAAUGCGUUGGAGCCACGCGGUGUUAAUGCAUUGGAUACACGUGGCACCAGCACAGCUGACGCACGUGCUUCCAGCAAGCAGGAAAAGCAGGAUACACGUGCGUCUCAGCAGCAGGACACACGCCCCUCCGCAACCCUUAACGAACGGAUCUCGAAAUCAACGGACGGCAAUGCUCGGGAUCUGAGCUCAGCACCAGGAGCGCCCAAGCCGCUGCACGGGUCAGUCUCAACCCCUGAUCUCCGGACAGGUCAAGAUCAACGGCUGCGAUCGUCCGACAGCCGGGGGCAUCACGAUUUGAAAUCAGAGGACGUGAGACUGGGGAACGGGGAGGGGGAGGUGAGAAGGGAGACUGAGGGGACGGAUAGGGACAGGCAGGAUAGGAGAGAGGGGAAGGGACGGCAGGGAGAAGGUGGGCAGGUCUCCUCAGGUGCUGCUGUGAGAGCAACAUCAGAGCCUUCUAAAUCUGGAGGGAAGCCGGGGUUAGAGGAGCUGAGAGAUCUCCAAUCAGCAAUGGAGUUGAGAGGAACGGGAGCGAAAGGGGCUCCUGCUGCAGCCGCUGCCGCGCCGGGCGUGGGUGGAGUUGGAGAGAAGCGGGCCGGAGUGUCGCCAAGCGAUAAACCUCCGGUGCACGGAGCAGGGAGGCAGAACGGGCGGGUGGGCGACCUGCUGCAGAGCCACAAGCGCAGCCACGGCAGCCAGAGCAGCCAGGGCAGUUUGGGAAGUCAAGGUAGUCAACCCAGUCAAGGCAGUCAUGGCAGUCAGAGGCUCGGGAAGGAGGGACAAGCAGCAGGGCAGGGCACAGGGGAUGGGGAUAAGGGAGGGCAUGGGACUCGUGAGGGUUCGGACCGUCGCCACCACCACCAUCAUCAUCAUCCUUCCCGCCUCGCCUCGUCCUCCUGUGUCUCAGAGCCUGGUGCUGGACCGAGCGCCUCUGCUGCAGCUGCUGCUGCUGCUCUGAAAGGGAUGGGGCGUUCGGCCAGUUUAGGGGCAGUGGUGGUGGAUCAGACGUUCCUCGCAUUCGACAACGCCACACACGGGCUUGCUGAGGCGCUGGCUGAGAUGGAAGCCGAAGUGAGCUUUGCUGACUGGCUCAUGCCUGAGCCGGGGGUGGGCGAGAGGGGGGAGGGAGAUUUGGGAGGUGUGAGUGGUGUGGGGGUGAAAGAUGGAGGGGUGAAAGCCAGCCCAUUCGCCUUCUCAGCUGCACCCUCUGCGUCCCCCGCAUUUGGCUUCCCUGCAGCAGCACCGCUCGCCCCCAUUGCCGUCGCUGCUCCAUCCGCUUCCCCUUCUUUUGGCUUCCCUGCAGCAGCACCGCUCGCACCCAUUGCUGUUGGUGGCACAGCCAAAGAAGAGGAGGAGGAGGAAGAAGAGCAGGGACCUGGGAGUCCGUCAGUGAAGAGAGCGGAGGAGAGUGGGGUGGACAUAGUGCAUGAGGCACGCGCCAAGAUAUACGUGCAGAAGGCCAAGGGCGAGGACGGCCCGGCAUGGAAGGACAAGGGCAGCGGCGCAGUGAUUGUGAAGCUGCACAAGGGAGGGGCGUCCCUGCGCGCCUCUGUGCUGUUCCGGAAUGAUGUCGUGGUGAAGGUGCACAGGGGAGGGGAGACUUUGCGCGCCUCAGUGCUGUUCCGGAAUGAUGUGGGCAAGGUGAUGCUGAACGCACCUCUCUACAAGGGCAUAACCAUCAUGCUCAAGAAGAACAACAUCACCGCCGUGCUGCAGUCAUGUCAAGAUGACACUGCUCCUGCCGGCACCACGCUUGACAAGUCCCCGAGGCCCGUGACCUUCAAGCUUGCGUCGGUGAAGGCAGCAGAAGACUUGCAAGCCGGGUUCAAGGAAGCUUGUGAUAAACUAUUCCUCUCCGCAGUCAGCUCAUCCAGCCAAAGCCUACUCUCAGCCAUGGCUGCCUUCGCUGUCUGCUCUGCCUCCGUGGUGGCUCCCACCAGCCUCUUGGCUAACAAGAGCGUUGCGUCGAGCAAGGUGUCCGCCACCCCCAUGCUCGUCAGCAACAAGAGCCGCGUUGUGAUGAGCGCGAAGAAGGAGCAGAACAUCGCUCUCCCCGUCACCGCUGCUCUGAUCGCUGCUGCCGUCAUCCCCGAGAUUGCUGAGGCUGCCCAGCCCGGCGUGUCCCCCUCACUGCAGAACCUGAUCAACAGCGUGAUUGCUGGCGGUGUUGUCCUGGGAGGCAUUGCCGUAGCUAUCGUUGGCGUGUCCACCUUCGACCCCGUCAAGAGAAAGUAA